CGUGUGUGCACGCACGCCUUCUCCUACAUGGGCACACUGAGCGAGCAGCAGUCACUUGAUGGAUAGGUGCCGCAGUGCUUGAAUUUCGAUCCACGAUCGAUGCACAGCGGUUCAUGCAUGCAGUCGCCCAUGCUGGUGUUUUUGUCUUGAGCUCGUUAUGUAAUUCCUGUCCCUCUUUUGUUUAUCAACGGGACAGUCUGACGUCAUCAGCCAGCUCCUGGGGGUGGGGGUCUGAGCGGCUCGCGGCUGCUGCUGCCCACAGACUAGCUUACAGACGCAAAACAAACAGCAGCGGCGCUUUAGCUUAGCUAGCCGCUGUCUGAAAAACGGGACACAAGGCGAGGGGGUCAGUCGUACUAUCGCACGUCUGAAUGUGUGCAGAUAAGGUAGUGCACGCUUUGCCCUGACUUCAGACUUUUAUGAAACCCGCCCUGCUCGCCAGACAGAACGAUGUCCGAGGCUGCUAACACUACUUCUACAGACAACAACGGAGACUCUGGGCUAAACGGGUCCUGGGUUGAAUUAGCGAUGAACAGAGGCACAGCCGGAUCAGCCCAGUCACCCCCCACAGAAGGCCAGGCCCCGGGCCUGCUGCCCCUCCCUCAGGUGGAGGAAGAGGAGGCCAUGGUGGGGGGGCUGGAGCACGUCCCGUCAUCGUCCUCGAUCCACAACGGAGACAUGGAGAAGAUCCUACUGGACGCACAGCAUGAGUCGAGUCGCAGCAACUCCUCCUGUGACAGCCCCCCGCGGCCCCACAGUCCCCAGGAUGAGGGACAGAUCAUCUUUGACGUGGACGUGACCGGCAGAAGAGACAGCCAAUCAGAAGAGGACGUCUUGGACAAGGAAAGAGACAUGGACAUUCUGAUGAAGGACUCGGAUUGGGUUGCUGACUGGUCUAGUCGACCGGAAAACAUUCCACCCAAGGAGUUUCAUUUCCGCCACCCUCGGCGCUCAGUAACACUCAGCAUGAGGAAGACCGGGGCCAUGAAGAAAGGAGGCAUCUUCUCCGCCGAGUUCCUCAAAGUCUUCAUCCCCUCGCUGCUACUAUCACACAUCCUGGCUCUGGGCCUGGGAGUCUACAUCGGAAAGAGGUUGACCACACCACCCGCCAGCUCUUUCUGAACCCGAACCAGAAGAAAAGUGCCUGAGAAGUGGCCAUGGGUUGUUGGAGAAAGUUUUGCUGUCGUGAGAAGAACGCCCGUCUCUCCUCCCUCUGUCCCGCCUGCCCCCUCAGCUCCUCCCCCCCAUCCCUCGUCCCUGAGAUAUGACAUGUUCUCAGGAGAAAAUGCAUCAGCCCUUUCCUCCCCUUUUCUCUCCCCUUUCCUUCCCCUCUUUUUUCUCGAUCGCUGUUCUCCGGCCGUCUGUAGAUAUCCCCCUCCCCCUCCCCUCGUAUCCUUCACUCAUUUGUAGAAGCUUUUCAAAGAAUGAUUAAGGUUGUGUUUCCUCUUCCCCCAGCCAUUUGGGUUUCAGUGUUUAUAACGGGUGGGUUUUCAGGGAGGGUCACAGCAUCAAACCAAACUCUCGCCCCUUUGAUCAUCUGACAACGAGGGGAGGACUGCCCAGUUUUAGAGCUGACCACGGAUUGUGCCACCCACACGAGUAGCCCAACGCUCGAUCUCGAAAAAAGGGUUCGACCAAAAUUCAGAGUCGGCUACGCGAACUGAAUAAGUGAUCCUGCCUUUUUUGAAAGUAGCCAUUUUCUUUAGCUAAUAUCAUUUGUUUUUUUAAUUUAUUUGAAAGAAGUGGUUUAUUGAGAAGUUGUGACGAUGAGAGGGAGUUACCAUAGUGGCCAUCCCAAACCACAAGCGCUCAAGAAUUGCACUGGAGGCGGGAAGUCUCUGGCUCUGUGUGCCAGACGAGAGAGAUUUAUGUGACGUUUUUUGUUGUGGCGGAAAAUUAGGAAUUCUCUUCAAUUCUUCAUAUGAAUGAACAUAUUUUUCAAAGCGAAGAUAACUGGAAACCAGGGUGUGGAUAUGUGUUGUGCAGACAGGCAAUGUGUCCCUCUCAUUGUGUCCACUAACAGUAUUUUCGUGGUUGGGUCUCGGGUAAUGACACUGCAUGGUCCAGAAAAAGGUUCAAUCGUCUGUCCAAACUGUCUCCGCUGUCCUUCCAGUGUUUGUCUGCUACAUAUCCCAGAGCUACAUGUGCUUUUUUUUACUCCAGAUCGAGCUGGAUGUCACUGGUUGUUUCCCUUUUUUGUUUUUUAAUUUAAGGUCAUCAGAAAUUAUUCUGAUACAAAAAGAACCCCAUGAGAUUUAACAUAUAAAGAGUAUGCUGUAUUGGCAUUUGACAAUGGAAUUUUAUUUUAAAAAUUGACGUAUUUCACAAAAAGAUCUUUAAUUUGGUAUAAAACAAGACAUUUGAUUUUGUUUGGAUUUGGGAUUUAGUUUUUUAAAGCCGCAUUCGCUGAGAAAAAACCUCCAGUGGUAGCCAGCCCUGCCUUCUUACACUCCCAGCAACUUUUUGCCAAAAUGAGCAGUAAUCCUUCAUGAAGCUGCAGGUGAAGGGUUGGUCUGAGUGCAGACAAGAAGAAGGUACUAAAUGAUCCUCACUGCAGGCGUGCAGCAGCUUCUGACAGACUGCAUGCAGGGAGGGUAGCACACACAGGUACUUGGCUCCAUCGUGCUCAUUACGGUCUGCAGCAUAAUCGCCUGGCUGCAGUAUCUCUGAGGCUGGACUGUAGUCAGUGGACCUUCCUUAGGAAGACCUGGGUCAAAUGAUAUUUGAUGUAGUUCCCAUUAAGUUAGUCUUUAUUCCUGCAGGACUUCAUCGGGGCCUUUCUGAAGCAAACUCUCACCAACCAGAUGUGAAUAGUCCCUUAGAGAUCUGGUGAUCAGGACUACAUAAUCUCUUAUCAGAGCUUCUGCAGGUUUUCUUCCACUAAUUGCUUUGUUGCUGACCACUUUAGUGACAGGUGUACAGGCUUUGACAUAGAAUGACACAAGGAGUGGAACUUGCAGGUUGACAUUAUGAGAUAAAAAUGGACGUUGCUGCGUUGCCUUUUUUUUUUUUUUUUUAAAGCCAUGGAAUAAUUUAGCUGCAAAUACUAUUUGACCCAGCAGGUCGACUCAGGACAUGUUCUAGUCUCCUUUUACCUCUCGUGACAAACUCUUUAACUGCUACGACUUCUGUACUGUCUCCAUCACAGCCACAGAGGUACUGCACUGUCGGCACUUCGCGCAGCUUCCACAGCGACAUUUUGGACCGUUCUUUCCUGUUUGUCUUGUUCUGACUCGUCCGUUUUUUGCUUUAUUUCUUUCUUCCCUGUGUUGCGUAAAGAUUGUGAACGCACAGAGCGGGAGUCGAGUUUGACUGAUUGUGUUUGAAAUAAAGAUCCCCUAUUGUCAGUGGCAGGGCCUAACAUGAAUAGGAAUUGGAAGGUGUGGAAAGAGAUUUCCCUCAGACUGCGAAGGUCUAACAGUAGUUAUUGUAAUGAUGCAUUUGCUUUGAUUUUUCUUUUUCCCACUACAUUGGAAAAAAAAUGAUAAACAUUUUGUCAUUAAAGAUUACCUGAAUGAAGCUA